AGUAUCAAUAGGUUGCUAGGAGUUAUGUUUGUAGAUCGUGUGUACAGAGUAAACUUUGCGAAGUUCUGAUAUGUGGUAGCAGUGACAACACGCCUGUUAAGGUCGGUGAGAAAUAAACAGUGUUAACGUAAAUACUUUCUAAUAGCACCCAGUCUUGUAAAAUAAAACAACAUAACAUCGCAGGUUACCGUUAACCUGAAGGUGUCGACGCCUCGCUACCCAUUUGAAGAGACUGAUAGGCUGACCAGCGGCUACUAACAGCUCCUAUAGCUUCUGAAACCUCAGAGAAAAUGCCUCAUAAAGGUCACAGUGGAGUAAAUCAGCUAGGUGGAGUGUACGUGAACGGACGGCCGUUGCCAGACUCGACCCGUCAGAAGAUCGUGGAGCUGGCCCACAGUGGUGCUAGGCCUUGUGACAUUUCCCGCAUACUGCAGGUCUCUAACGGUUGUGUUUCUAAGAUACUGGGACGUUACUACGAGACCGGCUCCAUCAAACCCCGGACCAUUGGUGGCAGUAAGCCACGUGUGGCCACUUCGGCUGUGGUGAAUAAAAUAGCCGACUACAAACGAGAGUGUCCUUCCGUAUUUGCCUGGGAAAUUCGAGACCGACUCUUAGCAGACGGGGUGUGUAACAGUGAGAACAUUCCAAGUGUAUCUUCAAUAAACAGAGUUUUAAGGAAUCUGACGAGUCAGAAGGACCAACAGGAACCUUCUCCUCAUCAUGUCCCCAUGACUGGACCAGAAUCAGUUUAUGACAAAUUACGGUUGCUAAACGGUUCCCAGCCGUGGCCUUGGUACCCGACCGGCCCAACUCACCACUUUCACGGCAUCCCUCCGACAUCAUCGCCAGUUGCUCUAGGCCAAAAUGCGGGUCUUGUAGGACCAGUCCACGGUGGAAACGGUCACCCAAGUCUUGCAGCAUGCGAAAGCCACCGUCAGGAUCACCCUAGCGUUAAAAAAGAUUCCAUAGAUGCAACUUCUGACGGAAACUCAGAAAACAAUUCCUCUGCAGAUGAGGACUCACAGCUGCGCAUGCGUUUAAAAAGAAAACUCCAAAGAAAUCGGACAUCUUUUACAAACGAGCAAAUAGAAGCUUUAGAAAAAGAAUUCGAAAGAACACAUUAUCCAGAUGUUUUUGCAAGAGAAAGAUUAGCUGAAAAGAUUACUCUUCCUGAAGCUCGUAUUCAGGUAUGGUUUUCCAACCGUCGAGCAAAAUGGCGGCGAGAAGAGAAGCUUCGUAACCAAAGACGAGUGGUUGAACAACCAACUGGCACAACUGUACUAGCACCACCUAACGGACGACUUCCAAUUAAUGGAACCUUUUAUAACUCUAUGUAUCCAUCAUUAGGACAACCGAUGGGUGGAAUGGGCGAUUCUUACAGUAUGCCACCAUCAUCCAGCAUGACGUCAAAUCAUUGUCUGCAGCAACGCGAUCCUACCUCUUAUACCUACAUGUUUCACGAUCCACUUAGUCUGGGAUCUUAUUCACGAUCAUCUUGUACACCCAGUCAGUCAAUUAAUGGACACCCGUCUUACUCUGUUAAUGGAGGAAAUGCGCAUGGUGCAGGUGUCAUUUCUCCAGGUGUGACCGUUCCUCUGCAGGUACCAAGCCAAGGCCCUGAUCUUUCAAUGGCUACCAAUUACUGGCAUCGUAUUCAGUGACCUCAAACUUGUAGAAACGGCUACUAUUCGUUAAUUGUACCUUUUAAUGCUAUAAUAAAGCUUUGAUUAAGUCUGACUACAGAAAAGAACGUUUUUGAACAGUGGAAUAAGGCCUUGAAUAAAUAUGGUUACUGAGCAUUCUUUAGCAGUGAAAAACCUUGAUUAAGUCUCAUUAGUGAGAACGCAUUCUUUAACAAUGGAAAACGACUUUGAUUAAAUCUGGUAACUGAGAAAGUAUUCUUGCACAGUGAAAAAAAAAACCUUGAUUAAAUCUGGUUACUGAAAAAGCAUUCUUUAACACUGGAAUAAUAAAGCCUUGAUUAAGUCUGGUUAUCGACAAAGCAAUAUUUAACAGUGAAAUAGAAGCUUACCAAAAAAAGCGUUUUCAGAAUUAAAGCCUGCAAAGUAAAUCGGUUCUAUACAGAAUAUAAAUAAUUACUUCGUUGUGUUCACAGAA